UCCUUGGCCAUCCGUUGGUGCAUCUCAAAGCCGUCACAGUUGUUCCCGGCACGCCCGAUCAAAUCGGCUUCAUUCGAUAUGUGCUUAUGCGCUCCGGCUGUGCUAAUCUACCCCUUGGUGCAUUUAACAUUGAUGCUAAACCUGCUCUAUCGAAGUUUCAUCUCAAAGUAUAUGACCGAGCAGCAACGACUGGCUCUUGUUCUUGAUUAUCUUGAGUUCUUUGUGGGUGUUCAUUGUGUAGAGAACGCCAUGGCAAACGUUCUUAGAUACGAAGAACUUUUCCCGGAUUCACACAGCUAGGGCGGACUUGAUAUCUGCGCCAAAAUUAAACGUUGGACAAGUUAUUCGGCCGUUGAAUUUGCUCAGUCUUUUCUCCUCAGGCACGACAUUAUCACCUGCAAAUCCACCCUGUGCAACUAGUCGACCCAAGGAAGGCCCCAAAUUUGACCCGAAUACGGGUCUCUAG